AUCAAUAAAAGCCGAAACUCUUUCGAAAGCAUCAAUCAGUUUUCUGUGAAUGUUCUAAGCGACACAAGCGAAAUUGAGCGUAGAGAGAUGAACAAGUUUGCGGUGAUUUUCGUUACCUUGGCGGUUUUGAGCGCCGUUACUGCCUAUGGCGGUGGUGGUGGUAAAUAUGGUGGUGGCAGUGGCGGCUACGGACCCGGUGGCGGUGGUGGUGGUUUCGGACCAGGUGGUGGCGGUGGCUUUGGUCCUGGCGGUGGUAGUGGAGGCGGUGGCGGUGGCGGCGGCGGCGGCGGUGGUGGUGGUGGUGGUGGUCAUGGUGGUGGCGGCUUUGGACCUGGCGGAGGUAGUGGUGGUUUCGGACCAGGUGGCGGUAGUGGUGGUCAUAGCGGAGGCGGUGGUGGUCAUAGCGGCGGCGGUGGUGGCUUUGGACAAGGCGGCGGUGGUGGUUUUGGACAAGGCGGCGGUGGUGGCCUUGGUCACAGUGGUGGUGGUGGCUUUGGACCUGGUGGUGGCAGCGGUGGUUUUGGAUCUGCUGGCAGCGGUGGUUUUGGUUCUGGCAGCGGCGGUGGCUUUGGAUCUGGCGGCGGCUAUGGCGGUGGUCAUAGCGGUGGUCAGGGUGGCUAUAAAAAGCAUGGCUAUUAGAUUAAGGACUAUUGUAAGCAUACCCAUUUACUGUGAUUUUUACAAUUGCAAAAUCAAAACUUUCGAGUGUUGAAUCUUGUUCUAAAUGCGUGUUUUGUGGAACUACUUUUGCUGUCAAAUGAUUAUUGAAAUAAAUGUGUUUUUUCAUAACUAC